AUGGCCGCCCCCGCCGGCUUCCCAACGCUGCAACCCGCAAUGAAGAUCAGAUGCGGCCUCACCGGGUUCCUUCCCUGCGGCGACAUCCACACCGGGUCGGCGCUUUUUGGCCUACCCUUCGGGGAGGGCAGCCUCGUGUCGGUGGGCGACUUUCAGCCUAAGCUCGAUUUCAAGAUGCGGAAUGGUCAGGAUUGGUUCCGUAUCGAUGCGGAUAAAAAACAUGCCCGCGCUACCAUCAGCGGCAUGGCGGUCGAUGCCGAAGGCCGCGCCCUUCGCUGCAUCGCCGAAGGCAUUUUUGAUCUCAACGAGCACACCCUGCCGCUUAUUACCGGCGACCCCAACGCAAAGAGCAUUCCCUUCGGCCAUGCGACGGAAAUUAUGAGAUUCGAAUGCGGACACGAAGAGUACAAGGCAAUCGAGAACAUGCUGUUUGCGUCAAGCCUCCGUCUUAUCAAGGAGGAGAGUGGUGAGAUAGUUGCGGAAAUCGCCAUCUCGAGGAUUAUUUCCGGGACUGGCCAUGACUAG